AUGCCGCCCAAAGCGCCCCUCAAUUGGGGCUUACUACCGCCGUCCUUCCUCCUCCCCUCAUCAGCGCGCUGCCUCCUCCAGCAAAAUGCGCAACAAAUCUCCUCAAGACCCGCCAUCGCAUACACAUCGAUCCGAACCAUAAAAUCUACCUUCGGUCCCAAACCCGACCGUUUCGCACAUCACCCCGCGCGAGAAGCCCUCACCAGCACAUCGACGGCAGCGCUCGAGCGAAAAGCACACAGCACGCCCCUGCGCACCGGACUGCUCGCCCUGAAGAAGGGCAUGACAUCUAUCUACGAGCCCGAAACAGGGAAGCGCACAGCAUGCACAGUUUUGCAACUCGACCGCAAUGAAGUCGUGGCGCAUAAGCGGAGAGAUAUAAACGGGUACUGGGCUGUUCAAAUCGGGGCUGGGCAGAAGGAAGCGCGGAAUGUGACGAGGCCUAUGUUGGGUCAUUUUGCGGGUGCGGGCGUGAGUCCCAAGAGAUGGGUUGUUGAGUUCAAGGUCAAGGAUGAGGAGGGACUGGGCGUUAGUGUCGGGGAGAUGGUGGGUGCGGGGUGGUUUACAAAAGGACAAUGGGUGGAUGUCAAGGCGAUAAGUAGGGGUAUGGGAUUCGCUGGUGGCAUGAAACGACACGGCUUCGGUGGUCAACCAGCGUCUCACGGUCAAUCGCUCAUGCAUCGUGGUAUGGGUUCUGCGGGAGGUUCCCAGGGUUCGGGUUCUCGCGUGUUGCCUGGAAAGCGCAUGGCGGGUAACAUGGGAAACGAGAGUGUGACGGUCAAGAACUUGAGGGUGUUGCAGGUUGACGAGCCGAAUGGUAUCGUGGUUGUUCAAGGUUGUGUUCCUGGACCGAAGAACCAGAUCAUCCGUGUUCAGGAUGCGAGGGGCAAGCCAUGGCCGAAGGGACCCAUGUCGACGGCUGAGCUUAAGCCAGAGCAAGUCUUGGCCGAGGCGGGUGUACCUGAUGCUACGGAGGCAACGACAGUCAGUGCUUAG